AUGGCAUACCAGCUCUUUGCAAAGAAUCAGUCAAGGCCAGUGACCAACUCGUCCUCACUGUCCCCUCCCCCGACCAGCCGCCACCCCGCGCGGCCUUCAAUCCAUCCUCCUCCAGUACAGCCGCCGCAAUCAGCUGUCGCGAACGCGUCCGGGCCAAAACGCCCAAAUGGAGAGAGCUUUGAGCCAUACCCUCGGGAGAUUCCCGGUGGCAUCGUGACUCCACACCCCCAUAUAACAGUCGAGAAAGUCAACACGGCGCAUAUUCCUUCCCUGACGCGGAUCACGGGCUUACUUCUUCCCAUCCGCUACCCAAACAAGUUCUACACAGCUACUAUAACCGAUCCGGUGAUUGCGUCUCUUUCGCGCGUCGCUAUCUACCAUGACCACCCUGUGGCUGCAAGCCCAGGAUCCGGCGCGUCUGCCGGAACGGACAAAGUGAUCGGAGGUAUUCGGUGUCGGUUGGAGAGAAUACAACAGACGGAGGACACUAGCAAACACACCCAAACCCUGAGUGAUAGAGACCCCACAAACCUCUAUAUUCAGACCCUACAUCUGCUCUCACCAUAUCGGGGUCAGGGAGUGGCAGCAUCAUUGUUGAACGCGCUUCUUUUUGCGUCGCCGCCGGACCGCAAAGCGAAAGGCUCAUAUCGGCUGUCCGAGAUUGUCAAACACUAUAACAUCCGCUCAGUGGCAGCACACGUCCAUGAAGCCAACGAAGAAGGCUUGAAAUGGUAUAUUGCGCGUGGAUUUAGGGUUGACGGCAACGUAGCCGACUAUUAUCGGCGAUUGAAGCCGUCGGGCGCGAUUAUCGUGCGCCUGGACUUGAACUGGGACGAGGCUGAUAGAGAGGGCUCCACGGACGAAGGCAACGCCCGGACUGGCAGUUCUGGCGCUGAACUGGAAGAUGAGGACUGGGAGAAGGUGGAGGCUGAGGAUGGCGACGAAGGGGACCAUGGGAUAGAGCAUCUGAACGAGUCGCAAGUGCUCGAGAAACAGGAUGCGCCUUCGCGUAAGCGCAAGGCUGAAGAUGACAACCACCAGUCUCAAGUGGACUAA